AUGUCUGACACUGAAGAAAUAAUAAAAGAAAUUGAAGAGACUGUUGAAGAAACAAAAGAACAAGUCAAUGAAGUUAUAGGAGAAACUGUUGAAAAGAUUGAAGAAGUUAAAGAACAAGUAAAGGAAGAAGCAAAGGCUGUCAUUAAUAAUGCUGCAGAGACUGUAAAGGCUGCUACUACUUGUCCAGUUUCAUCAUCAACCUCCUCAUCCUCUUCUUCUACAUGCCCAGCAACAUCAACAUGUUGUCCAGCAUUAAUGUGUGGUGAUGUAUCAAUUUGUCAACACUUUGAAAACAUAUGUGGUGCUGUCAAGAGUCUUCCAUGUCACGAAUGUUCAAAAAAAAUAUUGGUAUGGGAUGAUUUGGUCCAAACCGGUUUAUUAUUUGGUAUCAUCAAUCUCGUUUUCUUCUUGGUCUGCGUAUGCCAAUACUCUAUAAUCUCACUUGUCGGUUACUCUUGUAUGGUCGCCUCUGUCUCUUCUGUUUUAUUCCGUAUAGUCUCUUCAGUCUGUGAUAAAUACAUUCCAAAUUGUACUUUGGAUAAUCCAAUUCUUGAUAAGUUAAAGACAUUAAAUUUCCAUGUUGAAGAUGAAGUUGUACAAAAAUAUGUAAAGGGUGUUGGACAAUUGGUCAACUCUGUUUUAGCUUUGGCCAAGGAUAUCUUUGGUUGCAAGAAUAUUGUAUUGACUGCCGAGGCAGCUCUUUUAUUCUUUGUUGUUGCCACCGUUGCCAAGUGCAUCAGUGGUGCCACCAUCCUCUACCUCGUCUUCCUCGUUGCUUUUAUCGCCCCAAGACUCUACCUUGAAAAGCAACAAAUCAUUGACGAACAACUCGCCAAGGUCAAGGCUACCCUCAAGGACAUGAUCCACUUGGCUCACAACUAUAUGCCAAAGCAUACCACUACCGCCAAAAAGAAUAAUUAA